CCUCCGAGCUGCCAGCUACCGCCUGCUUCCCAGACCUGCCGGAAUCAGAAGGUGCUUUAUGUUCAACAGUAGGUGCAGUGCCCAUUCUCACCCCCCAUGAGCCUUGGUUCUGAUGCAACCGAUGGUCAUGCAGGGAUGCCCUUACACCCUCCCACGAUGUCAUGAGUGGAGGGCAGCUGACCGCUUCCAUCACAGCAGCAGCCUCCGAAGCACCUGCCCCCAGGCUCAGGUUAGAGCUGCCGUCACCAGCCCUGCACCUCCUCAAGAUGGUGCCGGGGUUCCCUGCUUAAGUCCAAAGCUGUUGAACGGGUCUGUUGGUGCCGCUGGCCCCCUGGAACCGGCAGCCAUGAAUCUGUGUUGGAAUGAAAUCAAGAAGAAGUCUCACAACCUCCGUGCUCGCCUGGAGGCCUUCGCGGACCACAGUGGAAAACUCCAGCUCCCUCUCCAAGAGAUUAUCGACUGGCUCAGCCAAAAAGAUGAGGAGUUAUCAGCUCAGCUGCCCCUACAAGGGGACGUGGCCCUGGUGCAACAGGAGAAGGAGACACACGCGGCAUUUAUGGAAGAAGUCAAAUCUCGGGGCCCCUAUAUCUACUCUGUACUGGAGUCAGCCCAGGCCUUCCUGUCGCAGCACCCCUUUGAGGAGCUAGAGGAGCCUCAUUCUGAGAGCAAAGAUACCUCCCCCAGACAGCGGAUCCAGAAUCUUAGCCGCUUUGUGUGGAAGCAGGCGACAGUGGCCAGUGAGCUAUGGGAGAAGCUGACAGCCCGCUGUGUGGACCAACACCGCCACAUUGAACGCACUCUGGAGCAGCUGUUGGAGAUCCAAGGGGCAAUGGAGGAACUAAGCACCACUCUGACCCAAGCUGAGGGAGUCCGAGCCACUUGGGAGCCCAUUGGCGAUCUCUUCAUAGACUCACUCCCAGAGCACAUCCAAGCUAUUAAGCUCUUCAAAGAAGAAUUCUCCCCCAUGAAAGACGGAGUGAAGCUAGUGAAUGAUCUGGCCCACCAGCUCGCCAUUUCAGAUGUGCACCUGUCAAUGGAGAACUCCCGGGCCCUGGAACAGAUCAACAGCCGAUGGAAACAGCUACAGGUGUCAGUUGGUGAGAGGCUUAAGCAGCUCCAGGAUGCCCACCGGGACUUUGGGCCGGGGUCACAGCACUUUCUCUCCUCCUCUGUCCAGGUUCCCUGGGAAAGAGCAAUUUCACCCAAUAAAGUUCCCUACUAUAUCAACCACCAGGCUCAGACCACAUGCUGGGACCAUCCCAAGAUGACAGAGUUAUACCAAACCCUAGCUGAUCUGAACAACAUUAAGUUCUCAGCUUAUCGCACUGCCAUGAAGCUCCGCAGAGUCCAGAAGGCCCUGCGCUUGGACCUGGUAACUUUAACCACAGCCCUGGAGAUCUUCAAUGAGCAUGACCUGCAGGCCAGCGAGCAUGUCAUGGACGUGGUGGAGGUCAUUCACUGCCUGACUGCCUUAUAUGAACGGUUGGAAGAGGAAAGAGGCAUUCUGGUCAAUGUGCCACUCUGUGUGGACAUGAGCCUCAACUGGCUCCUCAAUGUUUUUGAUAGUGGUCGGAGUGGAAAGAUGCGGGCAUUGUCCUUUAAGACUGGCAUCGCAUGCCUGUGUGGCACGGAAGUGAAGGAAAAACUUCAGUACCUCUUCAGCCAAGUGGCCAACUCAGGCAGCCAGUGUGACCAGCGCCACCUCGGUGUCCUGCUUCAUGAGGCCAUUCAGGUGCCCCGCCAGCUGGGUGAAGUGGCGGCCUUUGGAGGCAGCAAUGUGGAGCCCAGCGUCCGUAGUUGCUUCCGUUUUAGCACUGGGAAGCCAGUCAUUGAAGCGUCCCAGUUCCUGGAGUGGGUCAACUUGGAGCCGCAGUCCAUGGUGUGGCUGGCUGUUCUGCAUCGGGUCACCAUUGCCGAGCAAGUGAAGCAUCAGACCAAGUGCUCUAUCUGCAGGCAGUGCCCCAUCAAGGGGUUCAGGUACCGGAGUCUGAAACAAUUUAACGUGGACAUCUGCCAGACCUGCUUCUUGACUGGCAGGGCCAGCAAAGGCCAUAAACUCCACUACCCCAUCAUGGAGUACUACACACCGACCACAUCCAGUGAGAACAUGAGGGACUUUGCGACAACCUUAAAGAACAAAUUCCGCUCAAAGCAUUAUUUCAGCAAACACCCUCAGCGAGGUUAUCUGCCUGUGCAAUCAGUGCUGGAGGCUGACUACAGUGAGACGCCGGCUUCUUCCCCCAUGUUGCCGCAUGCUGACACGCACUCUCGCAUCGAGCAUUUUGCCAGCAGGCUGGCCGAGAUGGAAAGUCAGAAUUGCUCCUUCUUUAAUGAUAGCCUGUCCCCAGAUGACAGCAUAGACGAAGACCAGUACCUGCUGCGGCACUCCAGCCCCAUCACAGACCGGGAGCCAGCCUUUGGACCACAGGCUCCGUGCAGCAUGGCCACAGAAAGCAAGGGGGAGCUAGAGAAGAUCCUGGCCCACUUAGAAGAUGAGAACCGGAUUCUCCAGGGAGAACUGAGGCGCCUGAAGUGGCAGCACGAGGAGGCGGCUGAGGCCCCCAUGCUGACGGAGGCCUCCGCUGACGCCGCACAGGACCACCGCAACGAGGAGCUUCUGGCUGAGGCCAGGAUCCUUCGGCAGCACAAGAGCCGCUUGGAGACACGCAUGCAGAUCCUGGAAGACCACAACAAGCAGCUGGAGUCACAGCUGCAGCGCUUGAGGGAGCUGCUCCUACAGCCACCUACCGAAUCAGAUGGCAAUGGCUCUGCAGGUUCGUCUCUAGCUUCCUCUCCGCAACAGUCAGAAGGCAGUCACCCCCAGGACAAGGGACAGACAACUCCAGACACUGAGGCUGCAGAUGAUGUGGGGUCAAAGAGCCAGGAUGUCAGCCUGUGCUUGGAAGACAUCAUGGAGAAACUCCGCCACGCCUUCCCCAGUGUGCGAAGCUCUGAUAUGACUGCCAACACCCUGCUGGCCUCUUGAUGGAGCCAGAUCCUCAUCCUGUAAUCCACAGUCCUCUUCUGGUUCCAGUCAAUGCCUUCCCUCAGACUUUACCCAACCUUUCCAGCUCCCACUGGCCCCAUAUUCCUCAAUCAGAGUUAUUUGGGCUCCGCACAGCAGCAGAGAUCUGGUGGUAUGUUAAGUGUGUGUGGGAGACCCAGGGAAGCGGGGAGGCAUGAUUCCUCUCACUCUAGAAAUGUGCCCCUUGAUCCUCAAGUUUGAGACAUGUCCUUUAAGUACUCCUCUGUUGCAGCCCAGGCAGAUGGCACUUGGCCACUCCCAUGGGAAGCAGAGAAGCUGCCUUGUAUAGUUAAGGCAAUGUCCAUAGAAUUAUGCACAGGGAGAAGUCUAAUGACCCCAAGCUUCCAACAUUAUGAAUCCGUGGGGGUUAGUCCUACUCUCUGGCCUAACUCAAGGAGGCAAAAGGGUAUUCCUGAGACACAUCCUUCCCAAAGUGCCCCUGAAGAAGUCUAGGCAAUGUGUUCUAUCACUUCCACUCCAGGGCAUAGAUCUAGCCCUCCUAAUGCUACCUAGAUAUUGUUUCCUCCUCAAAUAUCUUCACUUCUUUCUGCCUCAGUCCUUGGUAGGUGUUACUCAAGGGGACAACUAUUGAUUAUAGUUCCCACUUUCAUAUUACGUCUGGAAACAUUAAAGAAAUACUUAUGGGUUUAGAUACUUUUCCCCUGAUCCUUCUCUUUCUUGAAGUCCUCAGCAUCAUGAAAGAUCUGCUGAGUUGCUCUGGACACCCAGAUAAAACCACCCUUUGUUCCUCUGAGUCUGCCCUCACAGACUGGGAGAAGAACAGCAGCUUGCUUGGCAAGGGAGGGAGGGGUCUUGCUUUCCUGAUAUCAGGAAGGGGAAGCCACCCUCUAGCCUCAAAGGACAGGAGAGCCCAACACCCUUCCAGUCUGUGACCCUCCUGACUCUCAGGCUCAAUCAGGUGAGGUGGCUGAUUGCCCCAGCUAAUCAUCAGACAGGUACACCUGGCCAGCCCAAGUGGCAGCCCCUUGCAGGAAGCUGCUGGCCACAAACCAGGAAGCUGGCCACUUUCUACCCAGACAACAGCAAGGUCUUCCUGCACAUAAACUUGAUCUUUCUAACUCUGGAAGGUUAACUCCAUCUUCAAACUGAACUAACUCUUCCUAGGUAACAUAUACCAUGACCCCUUCAUCUUCAGCUCCAGAACCCGUGCAGAGUUGACAAUGGGGGGUGGUGGAGUGGGCUUGGGAACUUUGAACAGAGUCAGAGUCCACUUAGGCAGCCUCUAUCAUGAGGAGCUUGCCCCCUCCAGAGCCCAGCAGUCAACUUCAUUUGCCUAAGUUUAUAUACAUACAUAUCUACAUAUCUACUGUCCAUCAGUGCUCUCCUGGCCUCACUCACACAUUAAAUUCUAAUACCUCUUGAAGUAUUAAUGUUCUGUCUUGCUCUUUGUUAGCCCCAGUCUCUGGUUGGCAAGAUAGAUGUAUUCUGGCUGCUCUCUAAGAUGUCUCUGUCCAUUGAUGUUUGGGGUGGGCUGUCCUUAAGACCAAAGCAACAGACACCUGUGGCCACAGGUGACUCUAACAGGAAGAAGCACUCUGUUCUCUACUCUCAUUCCAAACCUUGUUCCCUUGAGACCUGGGCCUUGGGUGCGUUUUCCUGGGCUUCCUUAAACCAUGAUUCAGGUGCCAAAAUAGAGCAGAUCUAACUUCAACUCACCCCACACAGAAAAGAAAGAACAAAGAGGCUUUGCCAAGCUAAGACACAGAGUACAUCCUCUUGCCCCUUCCAAUUCCUAAGGUCUGGCUCAGGUCCUUCAAGAAAGCAGCAGUUGCUACUAAGACCAGGAGGGAGGGAGGCAGUUGGACUGUUGUGUUACAAUUAAGCACUGGGCCAACUGCUGGGAACCUAGAUUGAUUGGCUACAUGAGAGAGAAAGUGGUGGCUUGGGUCCAGAAAUCUAGGACUGCCUUCUUUUUCACUAAGCCACAGGCUC